CGACAACAAUCCCCCCUUUCCACCUCCUCUGUCUCCUCCUCCCUCUGCUUUUCCGAUUUCGUGUAAACUCUUUCCUUGCUUCGUCUCAUCUUCUCCAAUGACGGUUAGGUCCACCGGGAGAAAACUCUCCUUCGAGAUUCUCAACCAAACCAGCUCCUUCGAGAACGAUUCACUCCCUCCAAUCCCCAAAUCCCCGAUCACCAGAAACGGCUCCACGGAAUCUCUUAAGAGAAGGAGACACAGGAAGAAGAAGAAAAACAAAGUCGAGACUAUCCCUGAGAAUGGCGAUCCUCAAUUCGUUGAGGAUUCGAAUUGGGCUUCCUGCGACGACGGAGGUGAAAGAUUCGAAAACAGAUUGAAUUACUUCAGCAGCAGUGGCGUCGUGACGACGCAGACUGUUAUACAGCAAAACGGGUUUAGAUUCGGGGAGCUGAGGCAGAGGAAUGUUAAUGGGAGUAUGGACUCGAGUAACGAUGAGAGAUUCUCUGAGAGCAUUGGUUCUUCUGAGAAGAAGUUAUACGCCGAGGAGGAGGAGGAGGAGGAGAGGUUCUCUGAGAAUCCACCGUUUCAGGAAGUGGAGAAUCAGUUUCCAACUAAUGGGAAUGUGGUGAAGAGACUUGACACUGAAGCUUCUUUGGACUGGAAACAGCUUAUGGCUGAUGAUCCUGAUUUUCUUAGUGUUGAGACUAGGUCACCUAUGAAGUACUUUAUGGGGGAGAUUUAUGGCGGGGUGUCGUUACGGAGCACAACUACUACUGGGAAUGAUGUAGAGCGGGAGAGGAUAUAUGAUAUGAUCUUCCGCUUGCCAUGGCGAUGCGAAGUGCUUCUACACACUGGCUUUUUCGUCUGCGUGAACUCAUUUCUGUCAUUGUUGACAGUCAUGCCAAUAAGAGUCUUGCUGUUAUUUUGGGGUGCUUUAAAGAAGAGGCAGUUCAGGAGGCCUUCCUCAUCGGAGCUCUCUGAUCUUGCUUGUUUCCUAGUUUUGGCUUCUGGUACCAUCCUUCUUGGGAGAACAGAUAUCAGCCUAAUUUACCACAUGAUUCGUGGUCAAAGUACCAUAAAACUAUACGUGGUUUAUAAUAUCUUAGAGAUAUUUGAUAGACUCUGUCAAAGCUUUUGUGGAGAUGUAUUUGGGGCUCUGUUUAGUUCCGCAGCGGGACUGGCUAUUGCCCCUCCUGAGAAACUGAGAUUCUGUACUUGGAGAUUCGUUUCGGACCUGGCGUUAACUAUGGUUGCGUCGAUUCUCCAUUCAUUCAUUUUAUUAGCUCAGGCAAUCACGUUGUCAACUUGUAUUGUUGCUCACAACAAUGCCUUGUUGGCACUUUUGGUGUCAAAUAACUUUGCUGAGAUAAAGAGCAAUGUCUUCAAGCGUUUCAGCAAAGAAAACAUUCAUGGUCUAGUAUAUGCGGAUGCAAUAGAGAGAUUCCACAUAUCGGCCUUUCUGGUGUCUGUUUUGGCUCAAAACAUUCUUGAGGCUGAAGGUCCAUGGCUUGGGAACUUUAUCUACAAUGCUACUAUGGUCUUCUUCUGUGAGAUGAUGAUAGACAUCAUCAAGCAUUCAUUUCUUGCGAAGUUCAAUGGCAUCAGACCUAUAGCGUACUCUGAGUUUCUUCAAGCUCUCUGCGAGCAGACUUUGAACAUUCGUCCGGAAGAUAGAAAGACAAAUCUCACAUUCGUUCCCAUUGCACCAGCUUGUGUGGUGAUCAGAGUACUGACUCCAGUCUAUGCAGCACACUUGCCUUGUCAUCCCCUUCCAUGGAGAGUGAUGUGGAUGGUCUUUUUAUUUGUCAUAACAUGUGUGAUGCUCACAAGUCUCAAAGUUCUAAUCGGCAUGGGACUUAGGAAACAUGCAACUUGGUAUAUUAACAGAUGCAGAAGGCGAAACUCCUCCCAUCUACACAACGAUUAGCCUGACUCUUAAAAACUACUGAGAAUUGAAGAAUGGUUUCCAUGUGGUAACACCUCAGCAGCAAGAUAGAGUUUUGCACAGGAGAGUGGAUCAAAAGGUUGCACUCGACUCAGGGAUCCAGUUUACAUCUUUGUUAUGGUAUAUGAGAAUAUGAGAUCAUCGUUGUGAUCUUAUUAUACAUGUUUAAUAUUAGAUGAAGCGAUUUUGGUAAUUGUUAGGCAAAUAUAUUUUUAUGUACAAAGAGACCCCCAUGGAUGGAUCAUUUUGGCAAAAAAGGGAAAAAAAGCUAUGGCAGGACAAAUAGCCAUACUACUCUUCUUCAUCACAGUUUCUGACUUGUUAAAACUUCACAUGAGCCUAAAUAUAUGAUGCAAUGUGAAUAAACAAGGAUCAUGAAUCAUUAAUCUGACUUCUCCAGUUUUUUUUAAUCGCUACUUCUUGAUAUGA